AGAUGAUGAACCUGGCAUUUUGCCUUCUCUCGCAUUUGUUCCCUGGAAAGAAGUCAACAAAGGGAGGAAGAGCUUCCAUCCAAGAAGCCUUGGAUAAUUUCAUUGACUUUCAAAAGGAAGGGACCAAUGUAGAGGCAUACAAAUCUUCGCAUGGGAGGAACCAACCUUUCAUCCUAGCCCUAGGAGGACACUUCUGCAAUCCAGCUCAGACUUUUGUUGUAUUGGAGCACCACGUUCUUGAGCAGAAGAGUCUCGUUGCAGCUGUAGAUUUGUGCUACAAGAUCUUUCAGAUCUUUGAUCUACAGUAUCCAUGCCAGGCAAGAGCAAUGUGGGUCGUGAUGGACACCAUUGCUUUUGAUGUCAAACCAGGAGCUCAAGAGUCUGGUGCAGUGAGAGCCUUCAGGGCAUAUUACCAUUUCAACCAGAAAUAAAGCCUUGGAAUGUGUUGUUCUAUCAACAGGCCUUUUGAAAUUGAAAUGAUCACUUAGAAAAUUGUCAUUAAAAAGAAAACAGAUUUAUGAACCCCAAACUAUUAUAAUAUUUUGAAAGAGUAACUCCUCCCACAUCUUCGGUACCAUUUUUGUGUGGUAUGUGUUUACGCUUGGAUGAACAUAGCACAUUGAUCAAAAGAUGUAAAAAGUGUCAAAGUAGGGGUGUAGUUGAAA